UGUUAUUUUCGUGAAUAAUUUUGCCUUUGGUCCUGAGGUGGAUCACCAACUGAAGGAGCGAUUUGCGAACAUGAAGGAAGGUGGGAGAAUUGUGUCCUCAAAACCUUUUGCACCUCUAAAUUUUAGAAUUAACAGUCGAAACUUGAGUGAUAUUGGCACUAUAAUGAGAGUUGUGGAGCUAUCACCACUGAAAGGGUCUGUGUCGUGGACCGGGAAACCAGUUUCUUACUACCUGCAUACUAUUGACCGAACCAUACUUGAAAACUAUUUUUCUAGUCUCAAAAAUCCAAAACUCAGGGAGGAACAAGAGGCAGCUAGACGUCGUCAACAAAGAGAAAAUAAGAGCAACACAACUACUCCAACGAAGGUUCAAGAAAACAAGGAUUCUGGUGCCGAAGAAGAAAAGGCUGCGGCAAAUUCUGUUAAGAAGCCAUCUCCCUCCAAAGCGCGGAAGAAGAAGCUAAGUAAAAAAGGAAGGAAAAUGGCAGGCAGGAAACGAGGCCGUCCCAAGAAAAUGAACACUGCGAACACAGAGCGCAAGACCAAGAAGAACCAAACUGCACUAGAACUUCUGCAUGCUCAAACUGUUUCACAGACAUCUUCAUCCUCUCCUCAGGAUGCAUACAAGUCACCUCAUAGCCCAUAUUACCAACUACCUCCUAAAGUGCAACGGCAUUCAUCCAACCAGCUACUGGUGACACCUACCCCACCUGCACUACAGAAGCUGCUAGACUCUUUCAAGAUCCAGUACAUGCAGUUCAUGGCAUACAUGAAAACUCCUCAGUAUAAAGCAAGCCUGCAACAGUUACUGGAGCAGGAAAAGGAAAAGAAUGCUCAGUUACUGGGGACAGCACAGCAGUUGUUCACCCACUGCCAGGCACAGAAAGAGGAAAUCAAACGUCUUUUUCAGCAGAAACUUGAUGAGUUGGGAGUUAAAGCUCUAACGUACAACGACCUGAUUCAGGCUCAGAAGGAAAUCUCUGCUCACAAUCAGCAACUGAAGGAACAGACGAAACAGCUGGAGAAGGACAACAGUGAACUCAGGAACCAGAGCUUACAGCUGCUUAAAGCCCGCUGUGAAGAACUGAAGCUGGAUUGGUCAACAUUGUCACUGGAGAACUUGCUGAAAGAGAAGCAGGCAUUGAAGAAUCAGAUUUCUGAGAAACAAAAGCACUGUUUGGAAUUGCAGAUCAGCAUUGUGGAACUUGAGAAAAGUCAAAGGCAGCAGGAGCUCAUGCAGCUCAAGUCGUACACGCCGCCUGAUGAGUCGCUGUCAGUGCAGCUACGCAAUAAAAACCAUCUGAGCCGUGAUCCCGAGGCCGAUCAUGGCAGGUUCCAACUUGAGCUUGAAUGCUCUAAGUUUCCGAUGCCCCACAUCAACGGCAUGAGCCCCGAACUGUCCAUGAACGGCCACGCUACUCCCUACGAAAUCCAUAACACCUUCAGCAGGCCCUCCUCCAAGCAGAACACCCCCCAGUACACAACCUCUCACCUGGACCAAGAAAUCGUGCCGUGUACCCCAAACCACAGCAGCAGACAGAAGGCAGACAAGAUGACAAGCUUGUCUCUACCCGAUUAUACCAGGUUUUCCCCGGCUAAAAUAGCACUAAGAAGACACUUGAAUCAAGACCACGGAGUCAAUGGAAAAGCAACAGCUAAUGAAAUACAGAGAGCUGAGCACGUCAAAGAGAACGGCCUUACCUACCCGAGCCCUGGCAUUUCGAACGGCAUAAAGCUGAGUCCUCAGGAAACUCGGCCCUCUUCCCCAGCAGCCGUACCAGUUGCAGGCGAGAAGGUUUUGAGAGAGAGAACCUCUGUGAGUAAUGGAGAAACUAUCACCAGCCUCCCUAUCAGUAUUCCUCUCAGCACAGUGCAGCCCAAUAAACUCCCUGUUAGUAUCCCUCUGGCCAGCGUAGUCCUACCUAGCCGUGUUGAGAAGGUGAGAAGCACACCUAGCCCAGUUCACCAGAGUAGAGACUCGUCAACACUUGAAAAGCAGAUUGGUGCUAGUUCUCAUAAUGGCGUAAGCAAUGCUGCUGGAAACAAGCCACUGGCUUUGGCUACCUCAGGACAUGUAAAACAAUCCCCUUCCAACAAGCACAGUCCUCUGCCCGCGAGCGCUCGGCUGGACUGUGGCCAAGCACACGCGCAGGAUGGGAAGAAGCGAGGCCGGCGGAAGAGAUCCUCUACUGGGAAUCUCAGCGGGAACUCCGGGGUCUCCCCGAAACGCAAAUCCUUACCUACUGUGUCUGGACUCUUUACGCAACCGUCGGGUUCGCCGCUCAAUAUCAACUCCAUGGUCAAUAACAUUAACCAGCCUUUAGAAAUAACAGCCAUUUCCUCUCCUGAAAACUCCCUGAAGAACUCUCCUGUUCCUUACCAGGACAAUGACCAGCCCCCAGUGCUGAAAAAGGAAAAGCCCCUCAUUCAGACCAACGGCGUUCAUUACUCUCCUCUAACAUCAGAUGAAGAGCAGGGAUCUGAAGAUGAGCACAAUAGCAGCAGAAUUGAGAGGAAAAUUGCAACAAUAUCGUUGGAAAGCAAAUCUCCACAGAAGACUGUUGAAAAUGGUGGCAGCUUAUCUGGGAGGAAACAAGCACAAAACAACGAAAACAUGAACAGCAGUAAAUGGAAAUCGACUUUUUCACCGAUAUCUGACAUCAACCUGACCAAAACUACAGACAGCCCCUUGCAGUCGGGUUCAUCCCUGAGCCAGAAUUCGCUGUUUGCCUUCAGGCCCUCCUCCGAGGAGAGCCUCGCCAUCGACGCCAAGACCCACGCGAGGAAAAGCAUCGCCGGGCCCUCGGCUGGCGCCGACGGGCUCAGCCCCGGCACAAACGCCACCAACGGGUUCGCGUACAACGGCGGCCUCUCGGCCGAUGUGGGUUUGCACGGCUUUAUCGACGGUGCUUCUCACCCCCACAAGGCUUCGGACGUGACGGCUUCCAACUGCUCCCUGGGUUUCCAGUCGCAGCGAAGCAAGGACGGGGGCGUGUCGGAAACGAAUCCUUUUCUGAACAAGAGGCAGCUCGAUGGCCUCGGCGGCGCGAAAGGAGAAGACUUAAACCGCUCGGGGGUCAAAGGCAAAGAGCUCGGCGAAAUAAGCGUUCGUACUGGGGGUUCUUCGGAAAAAAACUCUUUGCAGCAUAACGGAAAGGUCGGCAAAGGAAGAGACCGAGACGUGGAGUUUAAAAACGGCCACAACCUUUUCAUUUCUGCUGCUGUUUCGUCUGGUGGCCUUCUGAAUGGUAAAAGCCUUCCUCCUGCUGUUUCCUCAGCAGGCAACCCAGCAUCUUCUGUUCAGACGCACCAUCCUUUCCUAAACACUUUGACCACUGGAUCGCAGUUCCCCCUGGGCCCCAUGGCCUUGCAAGCAAACCUCAACUCGGUGACAAAUUCCUCAGUAUUGCAGUCCUUAUUUAAUUCAAUGCCAGCUGCUGCCAGUCUGGUCCACGUGUCAUCGGCUGCAACCAGACUGACUAAUUCUCACACUAUGGGGAACUUCUCUCCUGGGGUUACAGGUGGAACAGUUGGAGGUAUUUUUAACCAUGCGGUGCCUUCUGCCUCCUCUCCUCAUCAAUUUGGAGCCAGUUUCAGCAGCAGUGCUGUCUCUAGCAGCACAGUGCUAAGCUUAAACCCUCUGCAGGCUGUUGCCAGCACCUCAUCCUCAUCCUUCCCACCCCCUCCCUCUAAUUUAGUAACAUCUAGCGAGACUAGAUCUGCUCAGCACCUCAACAGAGCGCCAGUGCAAUCUGUUUUCCAUUCCCCUCCGCCCCCUCCUAACGUUUCAUUGCCCCCACCUCCUCCAUUGCUCGCUUCUAACUCCGAGCCUGCGCUUCUGCAGAACCUGCCACCCAUCCCGCCCGGCGAAGCUUUUUUGCCCUCCUCUUCCGCUGCUUCUGUCCAAUCUGCUAACGCUUCUUUGUCUAUUAAGCUAGCUUCUCUCCAGCACAAAACCUCCCGCCCCUCCUUUACAGUCCAUCACCCGCCUCUGCCCCGCUUGGCGCUGGCGCAGUCCGCGCCCGUGAUCACGCAGUCCAACGCCGCUGGCACGUCCGCUAUGUGGGUUACACUUGGCAUGCAGUCUCCUUAUGCUUCGCACCUUUCUGGGGUUAAGCCACGAUAA